AUGACAUUACGAAUGGUAUUUCAGUUUGAACUGCCUCUGUCAAUGAGAGAAAUUGUAAUGAGAGCAAGAGAGCACACAGGAAAUGAACAGGAGGAAUUUGAGAUAGGAGUUAAUAGUCUUAUUGAAGAACAAACAGUUAAAUUCAAUGAAAUAAUUGAGUCUUUAAGAAACACUUAUGGCAAUAAUUACACACACCAAUUACAAUACCUUGCACAUUCACUGGAUAAUAUUGAUGUAGAGACAUUGACAAACAAUGAUCUGAUUAUAAAUAAUGUAGUAGUAGUGGACCUUGGUGUGCUGAAGAUUCCAGGUGAAUUUUGUAGCAUUCUUGUUGCAAGUCUGUUUGCAGAGACAGGGAUGUAUUCUCUAGAGAGACAGAUGCAGGACUUAGGUAGGCAAAUAACCUGGAAGACAGUUUAUAAAAGGAAACAACAAUUCGCCUGUGUUAGUAAAGUUCUGGAAUUAUGUGGCACAGAUCUACCACCAAGCUUG